CUUUGACCACUUCCAGAUCCUGCGGGCCAUUGGUAAAGGGAGUUUUGGAAAGGUAUGCAUCGUACAGAAGCGAGACACAAAGAAGAUGUAUGCCAUGAAGUACAUGAACAAGCAAAAGUGUGUAGAAAGGGAUGAGGUGCGGAAUGUGUUCCGGGAGCUGCAGAUCAUGCAGGGACUAGAGCACCCCUUCCUGGUGAACCUGUGGUACUCCUUCCAGGAUGAGGAAGACAUGUUCAUGGUGGUGGACCUGCUCCUGGGCGGCGACCUGCGCUAUCACCUCCAGCAGAACGUGCACUUCACCGAGAGGACUGUGAAGCUGUACAUCUGUGAGCUAGCCCUGGCUCUGGAGUACCUGCAGAGGUACCACAUCAUCCACAGAGACAUCAAGCCAGAUAACAUCCUGCUGGAUGAACAUGGGCAUGUGCACAUUACGGAUUUCAACAUCGCCACGGUCGUGAAAGGAACAGAGAAGGCUUCCUCCAUGGCAGGCACCAAGCCCUACAUGGCCCCUGAAGUCUUCCAGGUCUAUGUAGAUGGAGGCCCCGGAUACUCGUACCCCGUGGACUGGUGGUCUCUGGGUAUCACAGCCUACGAGCUGCUACGAGGCUGGAGGCCGUAUGAAAUCCACUCGGCCACACCCAUUGAUGAGAUCCUCAACAUGUUCAAGGUGGAAUGUGUCCACUACUCCUCCACGUGGUGUGAGGGCAUGGUGGCUCUGCUGAAGAAGCUGCUGACCAAGGACCCCGAGAGCCGCCUGUCCAGCCUCAGUGACAUUCAGAGCACGGCCUACUUAGCUGACAUGAACUGGGAUGCGGUGUUCGAGAAGGCACUGAUGCCCGGCUUUGUGCCCAAUAAAGGGAGACUGAACUGUGACCCCACAUUUGAACUUGAAGAAAUGAUUCUAGAAUCCAAGCCACUUCACAAAAAAAAGAAGAGGUUGGCCAAGCAUCGGUCCAGAGACAGCACAAAGGACAGCUGUCCCCUGAAUGGACAUCUGCAGCAGUGUUUGGAGACAGUACGGAAGGAGUUUAUCAUAUUCAACCGGGAGAAACUCAGGAGACAGCAGGGACAUGAUGGCCAGCUCUCAGACCUGGAAGGCCGAAUAGGAAGCCAGGCUUCGAGCAAGCUGCAGGACGGUCGAAACAACAACAUCCUGAGCCACACGUGUCCCCGAGGCUGCAGCAGCUAAGCUCACCUGCCCAGAAGGCAUCCUAACUGCCCUGAUACCCAGCACCCCUCCUUUGUUCCCUGAUGGUCCCCAUCACACCCCUAAAGCAUAAUAUGCAGAAGGAGCUCUGUACUAAGGUCUAGAGAACCUGGGCUCUCGUCCCUGCUUCCAACUGAUUCACUGUGUGACCUUGAAAAAAAUCAAGGUCACACAUUCUCUGUGCCUCGGUUUUCAGCGUCUGCGGAAGGGGUUAAACAGCUCUCUGCCCCAUCUCCAGUCACAUAGUUGUGAGAAUCCUGUUGAACUGCAGAUAUACAUAAACUCUUGGGCAUUGAUAAAAAAGAGUUUAUACAUGUAAAAUAUCUCAAUAUUUGAAGCGUUCCCCUGGCCCCCCAAACAAUUUAAACCAUGAGAACUUUGCAAUUUGGUCCACCCUAGCUUGUUAGAUACCACUUUUAACAAUAUAUAAAUAGCUGGCACGUUUGCUGUUCCUAUGGGACUCCCAGGUCCCAAAGCAACCAAGAAGAGCCAUCCACAGAUUUCCUGGCCUUCUGGAAUGGUACAAAGCAUAAAGACCAGCAUAAAGACCAAGCCCAGGGGGUUCCAUGCUGCAGAAGUGCUUUUCCCUGACUCAUGGAAGGCUGCCCCACCUUUGGAUUUCAGCAAUCACCAGCUCUUACCAUACCCCCAUGUCCCUAUGCCGAUGGCACUCAGGUGCAUCUCUGGUCAUUCGUCCCUCCCACAGAGUAUCAUGGGAUCCCAGAGGAGACCCAUCCUGCACCAGUGCCCACCAUCCUUCCAGAUUUUUCUUCCUUGGAAGAGUAUAAAAUAAGCCCAGUCACUCAAGGGCUCCCUGGCUGGGCAGGCAGAGCUUCCUCUUGAUCUAUUAAGAAGCCUCGGUGCUUAGAGUCUAUUGUAGACAGAAGCAGACACACUCAAGAAACAAAGCAUUUUUUGACCUGGCCAGGGACCAGAUGACCCUUGAGAUGAGGAUGCUAGCAAAGCUGCUGCCAAGACUGGAAGACACCCACAAGUCACGUGAUUGUUCAAGGGUCAAUUUCCUCACUUUCAAACAGGAAGAAGGUUGACCUUGCAGAGUUGUUAUGGGGCUUGAUAAGAUCCCAUGUGUACCACAGUGAUGACUAACAGCCAGCAGCCAUUUGUCAUCACUUCUCAUCCUCCUCAUUUUUCCAUCAUUACCAUCAUCUUCUCCUUCCUCCUCUUCCUCAUUAUAUUUAUCGUCAUCACCACCAUCACGAUCACUAUCCUCCUCCUCUGUACUUUCUUGCCAACAUGGCAGGUCUGUUUUCUGUGGACCAAGGAUACUCCAAGUUUACAAUUUUUUUUCUUUUCCUACCUGGAGCCUCUGAGGUCUGGACAUCCCUGCUGAGAUCAACUGUUUUCAUUUUUGCAUCAGUUUCCAUUUUCCACUUUCUCACUAUGAUUCAAGUCUGUCAGUGUCAUCGCUUAGAUCUCUUGGGAGACAUUUUAAUGUAUGGUAAGGUUUUACACUUUCCUUAAAAUAAAAGCAUUAUGUCCUCCCUUAACUGAGUCCCCCCACGUCUGUCUCCUGCCCAUUCUAGUGUCUCCUGGCCCUGUCUGCCCUCCUUGCCCUCCAGGAUGCCGUAGCUGUUAUUCUCUACACUGUGACCUGGAAGCAGUACAAUUUCUUCUUGGGAUGAGCUUGUGAAUGAGAGGUGGGGGUGGGGUGGAAGUAACAGGAUGGGGAAUCCUGAUUUCUUGGCUCUGUUUUGUCCAUGUUUCUUGUUCAGAAUAAAUAAUCA